UCCAAUCUGAAAAAUAAAAGGUUACAAACCAAGCACAAACGUGUAUAAGUCCAUAAACGGUGAGAAUUCUGUGAUCCUUAAAUCUCAAACUAUAUCAUCAUAUUCAAAUAUGGGAAUCCUUACAUUUCAAGCUUGUUAAUGAUUGUUUAGGUGAAUUCUUAAAUUCCAAAGUGUGUGUUGGGUGAACAAUUCCAUCUUGAUUAUUAUUAGCUAUGUAAGUCAUUAGACGACAAAGCAAAGGCACAAAAUAUUGGAAAGGGAAGAAGGAUUGACCACCAAACCAAACAAAAUUUUUAUGUGCAUAUAUGCGCCUUGUCCCUUUCAAAUUUCCCCUCUUAGAAUGAAAUGAAUAGAUCAAGUCUUUUCACUAGCCGCACUAAUAAAGAAACACAACACAAUUUGAUAUUGUUAUAUGGUUUCAAUUACUAUAAACACUUGAUAAUUAAGGGGUUUGUAAUUUUGCGUUUGGAUAUCCGAUUGCUGGUGCAAAUUUGUUUAUUUUGUAUAACAUCUCAACAGACAAAUAAAUUUUAUUAUAGAAUUUUUUUCCCACGAUGGGUUGAAAAUAAAAUAUAAAGUUAUACGAGUUUUCCUGAAUUCAGAAAUGUAACUUUUCAGUCUAGUCAAUGUGAUUAUGAUAUCUAUAAGCACCGUGAAGUCAUAGCUUCUGAACUUUGAAAUGUAGUCUUAAGGAUCUUUGCCAACGAUCAGAAGGUAUGUGACGACUUAGGGACUGGAGGUGUUAGGUUGUCAACGGGCCUAGAAUCUAUAUAUGGAGGUGGGAAGUUCAGCAACGAGCAUUCUCGUCGAUAACAUGAAUUUGAGGGAUAAUAGGCAGGAAUGACGGGAAGGUAUGGACUCCGGAGCUCGAUAGGGACCGGAUCUGGUUACUGGUGGUCCGAGGUUGUCGUCUGGUGGGAGGGAGCUUCGCUGAAGGGUCUAGAUCCAACGAGAGGGAGAUUGCCGAAGGAUCUGGAUUCUGGUGGAAGGGAAGUCGAUGAUGAACUCGAAAAGAAGAGGCUUUUUUGGCAAUUUGAUUGAUAAUGUUCGUUUGGACACGUUAGGCUAAUUCCACGACUGAUACCAACCAACACUAAAGAUUUCACUGGUCACAUGUACCGUUCUAGAUCAGGCCCGAUUGUUCGAUUUUUUUUUCCCGAUUCGACCGGCCGAUCCGGUGUAGUAAUCCAUGUAAAAUUAAGCUAUGGAUUGUAUUGGUUGAAAUUAAAUUAAAUAAAGCUACACACACGCUUGUAGGGGUGUCUGUUCGGUUCGGGUCGGGUAACCGAACCCGAAACCCACAAACCCGGACCUGCCCUUUGCAUGUAACCCGAAAUGUUGUCUUGUGGGUUUCGGGUACCCGAACCCGAAAAGUGUAUAGACGGUUUCGGUUCGGUUUGCUUGAGCCCGAAAACCGAACGUCCUCCUCCUUGAACACUCCGCCCAGCAGCAUUGUUGUUUCAUUCUUAAUUCCAAAACCCCAAUUUCUAUUCCAUUCAUUCUUCUCCUCGCCUCCACUCCCACCAAGAACUGCUUGUUACUUUUCAAUUCCAUCUCAUCCUCACCCCAUAAUUGUUCCAAUCCCUACCGCACCCUCCUGCUUCAUUGUUUUUUUUUCGACCGGCUCCUGCUUCAUUAUUGCUUUUGCAUCCUCUGCCACCAUCCCACCACCACGAGAAUUGUUCGGAUCGACGAAGCUAGGAAAGGAAUCGACGAAACCAGGGGAGGAAUUGAAUCUGGGAAACCAUAAAACCAUAUCGGAGAAAGCUUUCGAUGCGGCGCCCGACGUUACGACAUACCCAGAUGCGCUGCCGACGAGGAAAGCUUCGACCUGAACGGAACCAGAUCCGUCGCCCAGUUGCGCUACCAACGUGGAAAGUUUCGAUCUCGAGCAGACCUAGAUGCGACGCCUGACGUUACCCAGCUUCGAUCUCGAACGGAACCAGAUGCGCCGCCGACGUUACCCGGAAUCCCAGAUGCGCCGUCGACGUUACCCAGAAUCUCAGAUGCGCCGCCUGAACCGUAGGAGGCGAAACCACCUCUGUACUCACCUCAUUCCUCUGUCGAUGCCUUGAAAUUAAAAGGCUUGAGAGUUUCAGAUGAGAUGAGAAAGUCUCGAAGACCGAAGUCGAACCGCCAAACCCGAAAGGGCAUAACGCAGAGCUGAGGUCGGUAUCGGGUUCUUCUCGGGUUUCGGGUUACAACGUAACCGAAACCGAUAAACCGCAUAUUCAGGUUGAAACCGAAAACCCGAACCCGACAACACCAUUCUCGGUUCGGUUUCGGUUAAACCCGAAAACCCAAAACCGGACCGACACCCCCUAGUUCUUUCUGGUGGAUCGAUCGAUCGAUCUACUGUCAUGGGAAUGGAAUUUUUCAUGUCCUUUUUUGCUAUAUAUUCUUAUGCUCAGAUGAAGUGGAUCAUGCUUGUAUCUCAUUUGUGUUAACAAGUAACAGUGUGUAUGAACUGUUAUUUGUUUUUUGAACAUCUUUUUGUAGAUAUAUAUGUACGUAGGGGGAUUAACACACAUGAGCGCCUAGAUAAGACUGUAUAUAAUUAACCUCAUCGCGAGACACUAAACCGCUGAUACGAUG